AUUAAAAAAAAAAGAAGUGCAAAGACACAGAGGUUUAUAAAAGUAGGUGGCUGGUUAAGUGCAUGGAGGAAUCUGAGAGUAGAGAAAUAAUGAAUGUUGAAAGCGCAACAGUAAACAGCAUUAGUUAAAGCCAAACUCUGGCCACACAGUCUCUCGGGAGGAAACAACCUUCACAAGUUUGGACCCGUAGGUGAUGGAGAGACACCACGCACAAAGGAAAAGCGGCGAAGGCCCGGGAGAUACCACAGUGAUUUGCAGUCCCUCACCUGCUCAGGGAGAUUGGCGGCGGCCCCGGGGGCGGGCAAAGCGAACGUCACUUCCGGCCGCGGCCCGCCAGGUCCUCUCGCGCUAUGACGGCCAGUGCGGAGACGCGGGGGCGACGCCCAGGAGUCGGGGUAGGAGUAGUGGUGACCAGCUGCAGGCAUCCUCGCUGCGUCCUCCUGGGGAGGAGGAAAGGGUCAUUUGGAGCCGGCAAUUUCCAACUUCCCGGGGGCCACUUGGAGUUCGGUGAAAGCUGGGAAGAAUGUGCUCAAAGGGAAACCUGGGAAGAAGCAGCUCUAAACCUGAAAAAUGUUCGCUUUGCCUCGGUUGUGAAUUCUUUCGUUGAGGAAGAGAAUUACCAUUAUGUCACUAUUUUAAUGAAAGGAGAGGUGGACGUGACUCAUGAUUCAGAACCAAAGAAUGUAGAGCCUGAGAAAAAUGAAAGUUGGGAGUGGGUUCCUUGGGAAGAAUUUCCUCCCCUGGACCAGCUUUUCUGGGCACUACGUUGUUUAAAGGAACAAGGCUACGAUCCAUUUAAAGAAGAUUUGGAUCAUCUGGUAGGAUACAAAGGAAAUCACCUAGAGGUGAACAAGGAGACUCCCUGAUUUUUUUUUUUUUUUAAUGGGUUAGCCAAAAAAAAAAAGUUCGUCCAGUUUUCCCGUAAGAUGGCUGUAGUAGUGCUUAGUUGUGUUUAACUUCAUUAGAAACAAUUUUGUUGGAUUGUAUUGUGACAGCUGUCAUAUCAACGUGUAUUUAAAAAACUUAUCAAAAUUGGUGAAUUUUUGUGUUGCCAUUUUAAUACUGAAGAUGGAAGAAAAAAAGCAACAUU